AUAGAACUUUAUACCCCCAGAGCGCAUUGCCAUUACUUUGCUUUAUACCGAGUUAUCCAUUGGGAUUCCAACUAUACCAAACUUGAACAUAUCCACAAAGACUUCCAACACACAAGAAGCACACAAUGGCGUACGCUGCAAAGUAUACUCCAAAGCCCAUCACCGAUGUCUUCACCAGUGACACAGACUUCGACCGGCGGCAAAAUACCCGAACCGUUCCCAUGAAGGUUCUCCUAUUAGGAUGUGGGCGAACAGGAACAACAUCCAUGAGAGCAGCGAUGAAGCAACUGGGCUAUGUAGACACCUAUCACAUGAUGAACUGCUCGAUCGAGAACCCGCCAGACGCACUGCUGUGGAUGGACGCGCUGCGCGCCAAGUACGACGGCGUCGGCGAGCCGUUCACGCGCAAGGACUGGGACAAGCUGCUGGGCAACGCGCAGGCCGUGUGCGACUGGCCCGCCUGCGCCUUCGCCAAGGAGCUCAUCGAGGCCUACCCCGAGGCCAAGGUCGUCCUCACGGGCCGCGACGUCGACUCCUGGCACAAGUCCACCAUGAGCACCGUCUACUGGCGCGUCACCGACCCCGAGCUGCGCGCCCUGUCGUACGUCAACUGGGCCGCGGGGAUGUACUACCCCAUGCUCAAGAAGUUCUUCGACACCUUCUUCGAGGGCGACUUCCCCAACCGCGGCAAGGAGGUGUUCGUAAGACACUACGAGGAGGUCAAGGCGAUGGUGCCCAAGGAGAAGCUGCUCGAGUACCGCGUCACGGAUGGCUGGGCGCCGCUGUGCGAGUUCCUCGGCGAGCCGGUGCCGAAGGAGUCGCCGUUCCCGAAUGUCAAUGAUAACAAGAACUUUGUCGCCCGCUCAAAGCGGAGGAACAGGAACCAGAUGCUGAAUGUGGUGGCUGGCUGGCUGGAGAUGGCGCUGCUGGCCAGCAUAGCGAUUUACUUGGUGUUUUACGUGCAGUGGUAUUACUUUAACAAAUAG